AUGAAACUUAUCAUAUAUUGGUUAUUGUUAGCCAUUGGCAUCACUGCUAUGGUCCAUGAACCUGGUGUUUGUGCUAUGUAUGAUAAUUGUGGGAAAAAAUCUGUUUUUGGUGCUUCUUUACCAUGUCCUAAUAAUAUCAAAGCUGUCAAACCUGACCCUGAAUCAGUAGAAAUCUUAAAGGAUAUUUGUGGAGAUUUAUCCAUUGAUACAGUUUGUUGUUCAUAUGACCAGAUUUUGAGUUUACAGGCCAAUUUGAAGAAAGUUGAUCCUUUAAUCAGUUCAUGUCCAGCUUGUAGGAAGAAUUUCUACGAUUUCUUCUGUGAAUUCACCUGUUCUUCCAACCAAUCAAUGUUUGUUAACAUCACUGAAACUACUAUUGCUAAAGAUACACAAAAGGAGAUCAUUACUGAACUCACUCAGUAUGUUGAACCUUCAACAGCUUCGAAGUUUUUCGAUUCUUGUAAGAAUUUGAAAUUCUCUGCUACUAAUGGUUAUGCCAUGGAUUUGAUAGGUGGUGGAGCAAAGAAUUAUCAACAAUUCUUGAAAUUUUUGGGUGAUGAAAAACCUUUAUUGGGAGGUUCUCCGUUCCAAAUCAAUUUCGCUUAUGAAGAUGACCUGAAUCAAAUGACUUUAAGACAUACCCCAAUGAAAGAUUGCAAUGAUUCAGUGUAUAAAUGUGCAUGUUCAGAUUGUUUGGAAUCUUGUCCUUCAUUGCCUAAAUUUGAAGGUUUGGGAGGUUUCUGUAAAGUUGGUGCCAUUCAUUGUUUCUCAUUUGCUACUAUCAUUGUGUUUGUUUGUAUGAUACUUGCUCUUGGAUUAUUCCAUAUGUAUAUUGCUAGAAACAAGAUAAGUUUGAGAGAUCAAUUAAGAACUACGGAUUAUGGCGAUAGUUUCAAUAGAGCCAAUUAUCUUAUACCUCAAGAGAAUCCUUAUACAUUGACAGCACAAAUAUCCCAAGCUCAUUAUAAUUUGACUAAGAAUAUUGAAGCUUUUUUCGGGAACAUAGCUUACUUCUGUGCCAAAUUCCCCGGUUUCACUAUCGGUAUAACAAUAUUCACCGGAAUCCUACUCUCGUUAGGUAACUUCUGGUUAACUUUUGAAACCAAUCCUGUCAAUUUAUGGGUAAGUCCUCAAGAAACUCACCUUAAGAAUUAUCAAUAUUUUGAAGAAACGUUUGGUGAAUGGUUCAGAAUUGAACAAAUCAUCAUCAAUGCCAAAAACGGAAGUAAUAUCCUUAAUUGGGAAACCAUUCAAUGGUGGUUUGAGAAAGAACUCGAACUUCAGGAAUUUAUUAUUGAUAAUGAGACAGUCACUAUGGAUGAGUUCUGUUUCAAACCUUUGGGUGAAAGCUGUGUCAUUGAAUCUUUCACUCAAUACUUUGGUGGUUAUAUUGGUUAUCUUACGCCCGAUACCUGGCAAAGUCAAAUUUCUGAUUGUGCUUCCAGUCCAGUCAAUUGCUUACCUACGUUCCAACAACCAUUGAAACCAAAUUUAUUGUUCGACACAAACGACGUAUUGAAUUCAAAGGCAUUUGUAGUGACUAUCUUAUUGAACAAUGAUCUGAAGAACAAGCAGUAUAAUGAAAGAGUUGAGAAAUAUGAGUCGGCAUUAAAAGAUUGGUUACUUGAGUUACAAAAACAUCAUCCUGACUUAAACAUCGCAUUUUCAACCGAAAUCUCUUUAACUGAAGAAUUGAAUAAUUCUUCUAACACCGAUAUCAAAAUCGUCAUCAUUUCAUAUUUGUUAAUGUUCUUGUAUGCUUCCAUCUCAUUGGGAGGAAGAAUCCCCGUAACCACCAAUUUGAAAACUUUGAUUCAUACCAGAUUUUUAUUAGGUUUGGGAGGUAUAUUGAUUAUCCUCCUCUCGGUAGUGUCAUCGUUGGGUUUCUUCGCUUUGAUAGGGUUGAAAUCCACUUUAAUUAUCGCCGAAGUUAUACCUUUCUUGGUAUUGGCCAUUGGUAUUGAUAAUAUCUUCCUCAUGGUUCAUGAAUUGAACAAAAUCAAUGACUUAGAAGCCAGUAAAGAUUUGCCUGUUGAAGAUAGAAUCUCUCAAGCUUUGAAAAGUAUAGGACCUUCUUGCUUUAUUUCAGCUAUUCUUCAAAUAUCCAUGUUUUUGUUAGCUACCAAUGUUGAUAUGCCAGCUGUGAAAAACUUUGCUUAUUAUUCAGCAGGUGCUAUUUUCAUUAACUUUGUGUUACAAAUGACUACUUUCAUAUCCUUAUUGUCACUUGAUCAACAAAGAUUAGAAUCUGGUCGAUUGGACUGUGUGCCUUGGGUUCAAUUGAGUUUAGAGUUACCAGAAGACGAUGAAGAAGAAGUUUCCCAUAUUAAUUUGGAUUUCAGUGGCUUAAUAAGGAAAUUUUAUGCCCCAAAGAUUUUAACUAGAACCACCAAACCAAAGAUUUUAACGGUGUUCGUAUUAUGGUUGGGUGUUUCCUUAAGUCUUAUUCCAUAUAUCGAGUUGGGGUUGGAUCAGAAAAUAGCUUUACCCAGAGAAUCAUAUCUUAUUGACUAUUUCAAUUCUGUUUACGAAUUCUUGAACGUUGGUCCUCCAAUGUUCUUGGUAGUGAAAGAUCUUGAUAUCACAGAAAGAGCUAACCAACAGAAAUUGUGUGGGAAAUUUUCAACUUGUGAAGAAUUCUCUUUAUCUAAUGUCCUCGAACAAGAGUACAAGAGAUCAGACAAAUCUACGAUUGUAGAUCCAUUAAGUAAUUGGUUGGAUGAUUUCUUUACUUGGCUAAAUCCUAACCUAGAUGAAUGUUGUAGAUUGAAGAAAAACAGCCCUUCAGAGUUCUGUUCUCCUACAGCUCCUGAUCGUAUGUGUAAGGUAUGUUAUGCCGAUCAUGAUCCUCCAUAUAACAUUUCCAUGGAAGGUUUACCCGAGGGAGAUGAGUUCAUGUUUUACUUUAAUCAAUGGAUUGAAUCUCCUAGUGAUCCAUGUCCUUUAGGUGGGAAAGCUCCUUAUGGGAAUGCUAUCAGUUAUAACGACAGCAUUAUCUCUAGUUAUUUCCGUACCAGUCAUGGUCCAUUAAGAUCACAACAAGAUUUUAUUGUGGCUUUCCAGAACUCAUUAAGGAUAGUAGAGGAAAUUAAUAAGUAUCAAGAGAAUCCAUUAAACAUAUUUGCCUUUUCACCAUUUUACGUUUUCUUCGUCCAAUAUGACACUAUUAUAAGUUUGACAUUCAUUUUGUUGUCCAUAGCUUUGGUGAUAAUCGGAGGUGUAAGUUUGAUAUUAUUAGGUUCAUGGAGAAAUAGUAUCAUUUUAGUAGUGACGAUUACUUCCAUUAUGGUUAAUAUCGGAGGUAUAUUGGCCGUCUGGGGGAUUUCAUUGAAUGCAGUUUCCCUUGUAAACCUUAUAAUUUGUAUGGGACUUGCAGUAGAAUUCUGUAUUCAUAUAACUAAAGGUUACUUGAAAGCUCCUAUAACCCUCGAUGAAACCGAUGACGAACAACUGUUCAAUAGUUUCAUGAAUCAAGACAUUAAACAUAUCCCUACCAUCAAAGCAUAUAAUACUUUAGUUGGUAUAGGAGGAUCGGUAUUGGGAGGUAUUGCUAUCACCAAGAUCUUGGGUAUUUUGGUGCUUGCAUUUACCAGAUCCAAGAUCUUUGAAGUUUAUUAUUUCCGUAUGUGGUUAAGUUUGAUCUUAGUGGCAGUAUUACAUUCCUUAUGUUUAUUACCGAUCCUUUUAAGUUAUUUCGGAGAUGUGCCCAAAUCUAACCAACAACCUUAG